UUUUUCUCUCUCUCUCUCUCUCCCCCAGCAAGCAGUGUGAUGGAGCGAGCCUGGUUGGUGCUGGGGCUACUGGCUCUCACUAGUGCAAUGUCUCGGCGACACAGGGACGCGACGCCCUACAUUGAUGACGACUCUCACCAGCUGUGGUCGUCAGAGGCAGUGGACCUCCUGGAGGGUGAGCAGGUGGACUCUCAUCUCCUGGAGCACCAUGAUCCAUGUCAAGCUCAUUUCUGUGAACGAGGUCGCGUGUGUCGUCUGGAUCACAUGAGCGAGCCACAGUGUGAGUGCCAACCCUUCUGCUCCAGGCACCGUAAGCUGGUCUGUGGCACCGAUGGUCGCCUCUACCUCAACCACUGUGAGUUACAUCGCGCCGCAUGCGUCACAGGAGCCAAAAUCCACAUUGACAGAAGCCGGAAAUGUUUCAGAAAAGCAGGUCUUAUGCCUAUCACCUGGGACAACUCUCCCACGCCCGCCACGCCCGCGCCAGCCCUCGAGGAUGACGAUGACCCCGCCCUUACCCAACUGAACACCCUCAUCCGUGACGACCUAACACAGGGAGGAGGAGCUGUGUUAACGACUCGACCUCCAAUGGAAGAGGAGAUGGAAGAGGAGGAGGCCACGAAGAUGGAGAUGGAACAGGAGGCCAACCAGGAACAGGAUAACAAGGUCGUCUCAGGUAGUCCUUGUACCAUGCAGCAGUACGAGCUACUUAAGGAUAACCUGGUGGUGUAUCAUCACGCCCGGCUUAUGGCAGAGAAAGGUCGCGGCUCUGAGAGGGAGUACUUAGUGGGUCUUAUGUUCUCAAAGUUCGACACUAACAAUAAUGGCGUACUGGACAAGCUGGAGCUGGAACAGGUGUCGCAGCUGGAGGAGGUCAGCCGCCUGGCGGAGGACUGCACCCUAGUCGACUUGCUGCGCUACGACGACGCCAACACCGACGGUCACCUCAACCUUAAUGAGUUCUAUACCGCCUUCAGUAAGUUGUACAGUGUGUCGGUCGUGUCUCUGGACAAGGCCUUAGAAGUGAACCAUGUCUCCGCUCGCGUAGGAGACAAUCUGGAGAUCAAAUGUGAUGUCACAGGCACCCCCAACCCACCCAUCGUCUGGCGAAGGAAUGGCCUGGACUUGGCGGCUCUCAACUCAGAGGAUAUCCGUGUAUUUACGGACGGGUCUCUCUACCUGACGAGGCUACAGCUGGUCCACGCCGGCAACUACACAUGUCAUGCUGACCGCAAUAAGGAUGUCGUCCAGACCCACAUCCUCACAGUUCACACGGUGCCAACAGUGCAAGUCACCCCUCAUAUCCAGAGUCUCAGGCCAGGAGAACAAGCCAUCAUGAGCUGCAGGGCCACUGGUGAACCCUUCCCCAAGGUGGAGUGGCUGAAGAACGACGAGCCUCUACGUGUUGACAUCCCACACAAGUAUGAGGUGGUGGGGAACGGGACACAACUGAGGGUCAGGAACAUCGGCUACGCUGACACUGGAGCGUAUAUGUGUCAGGCAACUAGUGUAGGAGGGAUGGCCAGAGACAUCAGCUCCCUUAUCGUGCAGGAGAACCCAGCACCCACGGGGGAACAACAGGAGAGCCGAGUGUUUGUGUUCCAUGACUGGGGCGUGGCCGUGUAUGAGCCAGAUGAGUGCCGGCUCUUCCAUGUCAUCCAGGGCACUGACGUCAUUCCUGGCACACAAGAAUAUGUAUGUGGUGACAAAGGUACCAACUGCUCUUGGGGACGAGCCAUUAACGUGGCAGAGAGGUACAUCUACGUCACCCAGCCCAGGAGAGACCGGGUAUUGGUGGUGUCCGUCCCGCAGAUGGUUGUUGUGGAUGUCAUUGUGACAGACCAGUUCCCAGUCGACCUGUCAUAUGUACCCAACCUCGACCAGGUGUGGGUCUUAAACUGGCGGUCCACCAAGGAUGAGGGAGUCAAGACCAUACAGGUAAUAAAUAGGGUGAUCCGUGAUGCCUCUCAGAAGAAGAAACACCAUACUGUUCACCCAGAACCCAUUGACGGCCACUUUGAUCUCGUCAAAAACUUGUUCGUUCCCGACACACAGGACUUGGGCCAUGACUUCCGGUAUGGCUACGUCACACACACCAACCAGCGAGGCCUCUACAAGCUGGACUUGGCCAACAUGAAGUACGUGAAGACAGUCGAUCUCACACCUUACAACUGCGUUCCCCAGCACCUCGUCUUCUCAUCGCUACACGGACUGGUGGUGAUGGACUGUCAUGAACCAGUGACUGGACGGCGGACAGGGCAGCUGGUGCUUGAUUACCUGACAGAUGCUGUUCUCAGUCACAAGCCAACACUGAUGGGACGGCCACACGUCGUCCCAGACUCUUCCCUUGUUGUCACCGUUGACAUCCUCAAACACGUCAAGAUUGUUGUGCAAAAAGUCACAGAUCACGGGCUAGACUACGUGUUUGAUGUGAUCACGACACUUAAUGUGAGUGAUGUGACCUUCUUCCCGUCCCGCCUCACACACAGCUAUGACCUUUAUGCAGCCUCCUCUGACAAAGAUGACAUCUUCUUCCUUGAUCUUCAAACUGGUAAGGUGGAGAUGAUCACAGGUGUGGGCAAGGCAAUGUUGCCUGGCCUGGCUGAGUGGAGCAACACCAACCGUGCCAUCGUGUCAUCAGGGGUGUUCGGCCACUACAUGGUCUCCCCGGCUGAGGCAGCCAUUUUCGUCAUCAACGGAGAGACUCGCACCGUCAACUGUGAAAUUGGUUCUCUCGUUCACCCCCGCCUGGCAGUGUGGAUCACUAGGAAAUACAUGUAAUAUGAGAGACUGAGCAAAAUACAACAACAAAUUAACCCAUUCCAAAAAACUUGUAAAAAAUAUAUAUAAUGAUAGUUAACUUGAAGCAUGGUCAGAGAUCAUUACAAAUUUGUUUGUAAAUAAGAACCUGAAUGUUCAUGUAGGGUCUUUAAAAUCACUUGAAAUUUUGGUGAGUCUUGAUGUUUAAUUGAAAAUAUAAACUGACCGAGACAUAUGCAUCCUUCAGAAGUUCUUUGCAAAAUGGGUAAAAAAAAGUUAUACUAUUUUACAAUACAAGAAAUUGAUAAUAGUAAUAACAAUACUUCAUCUCAAGUGAAAAACAGGAACACUGAUGAAGAAUUAAAGAGCCUUAUGAUGAUGUAACCAGUAGCUCACCGCCGCUGUUGUCAUAUCCAUAACAUGUUCAAGGAUGAAUGACCUGACUGGCCACACAAGAGGAAACAGAACACCAAAAACAUAUCUUAUGAGAUUCUAUUUCUAGUCCCUGGGAGUUGUUCAUUCUACCUGUCAGAAAUUAACAACGGGUAUUACAAUUUAGCUAUGAAGUCAGUUUAUCUAGGUAUUGAUGCAAAUGCCCUCUUUAUAUCUAGUUUGCAGUACAGUAUAUCAUCUCGUUAUAGUUCUGUUUUUUAUAAAAUGUCAGACUCAUUUCUAUAUUUAUAUACACACAUAUAUAUCCUUAAUUUUUUUAACUUAAGUAAUAGUAACGUGAUGUACAUUGCAGCAUGACAGAAGAUCAGUUACGUGAAUUGUGUCACCCGCAGAAUGUGAGGAAAUAUCGUGGGAUAAAUUUAGAUUUUUCUACCAGUUUACAGUACUCUGAUGCUUAUGACCAUCAGUAAUCUGUUCUAAUAUAAGUUGUAACAAAAUUUUAAAAUUUAAAUACUUUAUUAGAAAAUAAUUGAGGUAAAGGUUUACUUUUUUCACAUAAAACCAAGUCCUUCACUGACUAAGAUUUCUGGGUCGUUUCUAUAAUACGUAUUGACUCAAAUUGGUAAAUGAUUAUAGGUAACGAGAGGUGUGUAUUAAGACAGUAAAGAGAAGAAAAUAUUAUUUUUAUUUGAGCUCCGGGUGUGGUUCUAGUCAGCAUCAUUUGUAACUGCUGCCUUCGUAACUGUCCUCCUUGCCUUGAAGAUUCAUUCAUUGUCUUCAUUUAAAUGCUGCUGUUUUCUUAAAGUAAACUCUUUUAUUUCCAUGUCUUUAGUAUCCCAAAUUAACUCAAUAGUUAGUUAAAUUCUAAGUAUAUACAGUAGUGUCCUAUUGUAGAUUAACUAACGAUUUCACAAGUAAAAAUAAAACUACACCCACCUACAACGUUACAUUGAUACCUGACAAUAUAUUACCUCAGUUUAAUUGAAUAACAUAAGGUAACCUUUGAUUUCAUUAGACUGUCUAAAUUUGUACCAUAUUGUAUCCCCUCAUUCUCAGUUCCUCAGUGAAUAUAUAUCAUGAACAAAGAUUAAGUGCCACUCCUAGCUUAGCUUAUACUCCUUGCACAAAACAAAUAUCGGAUUGUAUUGUACCUUUAUUCUACCUUUUCAAAAAAGAAAAGAAAAAGAACUGGCUAUUUUUUACUCAUUUAUUUAAUUAUUUUUAAGGCGUUACCGUAGAAGCUACUGACUGAUUCCCUCCGUGCUGUGGUCACCAAGGCUCUACAGUGGUUAUUAGACACCAAGAUAAAGAAAAUACUGAAAGAAUCUUGUGAGUGAGUCACUCCACGUUGUUUGAAGAAUCACGCAGGUUUUAUGUGUCUCGAAUAGUUUUGGAACUAACUUGCAUUAGAUGAACCUCAAAGACAUGCUUUAUACUAAGCUUUUAUUUGUAUUUGCUGUUUCUGUAUAGCUUGAAAUCACUGUAUCACUGAUGACCAUAUUAAAGUCUGUAUGUAGCGGCAGUUGGUUCUAAAACAUGUACGUAUACACUAUAAAAUGGGAGUUUCUUUCUUCAGCACGAGUCCAGCUUGUGAUUCAGUGUAGUCUUCAUAUGUAGUGAUGAGGCCAGCAGUUUUGAGCUUCAGAGCAUGUGAAAGUGAAACUUACCCCCCCACCAUCAUGUUGCAUAUAUGGAAACUACAGUGAUCUUAGCCCCUCAGCAAGGCACGGUGUUGCUGGCUUCAUGAUUUCCCUUCAAAUAGACUAAAAAAAACCUGUUUAUUGCCUUACAAGUACAGGCUUGUGUUUGUAUGUAACUACAUCUUGUAUAUUGAUGUCUGUAUCAAAGAAACCUACUUCACUGACUAGUGUGGAGUAGCUUCAGUACUUUAAGAAACAUUAGGAUAAGUAUAGUACGUCAAAAUGUUGCAACGUCGUACUCUCAAUUGCAAACAAAAGAUCCAAUGUGUACGUGUACUCAGUUGCUGUCACGGAUUAGAAUAGGAUAAAGCAUUAAGAAUAAGUGUAAAUACAAACAUCCCGUUUCUAAAUGUAGCUUUUGCCUUCCAAAAUUACAGUUUAGAAAGUAGAAUCUUAAUUUUGUUGAGAUUCAUUCAUACUCAUAGUAACUAGCUAAACCAAAAAACAUUGGAAAAUGGAGGCUGUAAGCAUGUAUUGUCAUAUUUUGACUGGACUUGGGUGCAACCACUUUUUAUAUGUGCAGUACGAAGGCAUCUACACUCACUCAUAUAUCAUGGGACACUCCUGGCACUGUUCCACAUAUCAGUUGUUUAUUACACUAUCACAGGGAUUAUAACACAGAAUGGUCUCUCUCAUGUUCACUCCUAGAAGUUUUUAUUUCCAAAUUUUAGGAUUAUGCAUGAUAAGAAAGUUUCACGGUAACUAAACGGUUGUACUCUGAGUGAAUGUGAGAAUUUUCAUUCUCAUUUGCAAUGUACAGAUAGCAUGCAAGUGAUUACAUUGCGAAAAUAUCCCGAAAAAAGUAUCUUAUUGUUGAUAGGCUGUAGGAUAAGUCUCUUUCGAUGCCCUGAUUCACCGCUGACAUUCACAACAAGUUAAUCAUAAAAAAAUCAAUAUUCCAGAUCAUUGUUGAGAAAUGACCUAAUUAACUAUGUUCAUGAUUUCAUAUGAUCACGUACAAUAAUAUUUUUAUUAGAAUUAAUUAUCCAAUUUGCUCUGAUUGUGUAUGACCACAGUUGUCCAGUUAUGUUAGUGAAUAAUGAGUAUAAGAAACUAGUUAGUCAACGCCCUUCCACGAGCAGUUUGUUGUGUGAGAUUCUGGCACUAUCGAAGUGAGACUCUUAACACUACCGCAGCUGAGACUUGGUACUGCUGUAGCCAGAGAGAGAUUCGUAUCUCUUUAGUACAGCUGAGACUGGAACUGCCACAGCUGAGAUAUUGGUCCUGUUACAGCUGAGACAUUAGUUCUACCGCUACCGAGAGACUCUUAGCACUGCCACAGCUCACAUACUGCAGGACUGAGACUUGCUCUGCCGUCUUAGCUGAGAGACUUUGGCACUUACAGCAGCUGAUGAAGUCCCCUAGCUAGUUCUCUCCUCCUCAUCAUCAGCAACAGUAGAGGCUCUAUGCUGCCAGAUAUAACCCUCAGCUUGUUAUAUAUUAUUUUAAUAGUGAUAGUUCAUUACCAUCGGGUUGAUCUUAGAAUACAUCAACCAUUACCUAAAUUUUAAUUGCUUUUAACUAAUCUAUCCAUGGUGAGAUCAAAUAGUGGUAAAAAGGAACUUCAAAUACAUUAAUUUUCAUUAUGGAAUAAAGACGAGCGAUAUGACUGCAUCACAAUAUUCCCCCACAGCAUAUUAGAGGAAAAAUUUUGGGUAAUAAGCAAAUUUACUCGAUGCUAGUAAGUAUAGAGAGCAUUUCUAAAGAGAUAGUUAAUGUGGGGUUGUUAUUUCCACAUGUAGAGAGGAUUAGUGCUGAACAUAUAUAGUAAAUAUAUGUUUUGGUUUUGCUUUGACAACUACUGAAUUAUAUCAGUCAUUAUACAGUACAGUAUCAGGAGUUUAAGACUAAGGAAAACAGUAAACUUUAUAAUUAUUCUGAAUUAUAAAAUUUUAGAAAUGUUUUAUCUGAGUCAUAACUUGAUAGAUCUUACUCUGGACUACUAAAGAGCUUGUCUUCACAUCAAAGUGAUCAACCAUAUCGAAAGAUGUAUUUAUGAUUUCAUCAAUCAUAUACAGCAUUUCAGGUCCUCUUCCUUUACAUAAUCAGUAGCCUACUUAAAUCCUGUACAAGAAUGACGGGAUACAUUGACAAAUGUGAAGCUGUAACACUUUUAACAAAAAUGGUGAAAGGAGGUGUUGUUCUAGCGACACUUAAACAUAACUUAUCAUGAAGGAGAAUGUCUCAUGAGAUGGUAGAAGUCUUACAUAAGAGUUUUAUAGGCUAAGUAGCUGUAAUGUGGUCUUCGUUUUUCAAGCAUAUACUCGCGUGUCUCUCACAGGAAUGAUUAAUGUUAACUUAAGAGAGGUUAGUAAGACCCCCCAACACUUGCCACUUUCUUUUACUUUCAAGACUCGCCCACAUUGCCCACCCUACCCUUCCCUCUCCACCCAAGUUAUUCCUUCUCUCUACCAUCCAAUCUUCUCUCCUUUCUCUAUUAAGUUUAACUACCUGUUUAAAAUUGUUUUCAAGAAUGUAAAUUUGUUGUACUGUAUUAUGAUAACCAUGAGUGGCAGGCAUGAGAUCUCCUCCCAUAGUACAGGACUCCCAGUUCUUGCUUCACCAGAUCAGAGCAAAAGGAGAGUUCUGUUAUGUCACCUUUUUUUCUGAAUCUAAAUCUAAUCACAACAUUCAGGUGUGUGGGUGGUAUAUAUAGUACAGUAAAUAUUGUAGAAUAUAUGGUCAUUGCAAUGUUUAUCAUUGACAGGAUGUAUAUGUAUAAAUGAUAAUAAUCAGGGAUGGCUGGUUGGAUGAGCAUAUCAUUAUCUACCUUGGUGGACAACUGCAUCAGAUUUUACCAAAACAACAGCUGUCAUGUAAAGUUUGGAAAAGUCUGACUUUGUGUGAUGUAUGUGAUGAAAUAUGUGUGUGUGUGUGUGUGUGUGAGAAAGAGUGUGUUUGUGUGUGUGUGUGUGUGUGUAUGUGUAAUAUAUUGCAAGUUAAUUAUCAGUAGAAUAUUAGUGGUAUUAGAGUAAUGCAUAUGUAGGGUCUGUUUGUGUUGCAUCAGGGAGUUUGAGUGUUAAACUGGUGGUCAGGAUAAACGCUGCUGUAUAUGUUGUGUACCUGGACAAAGUUUCACCUAAUAGUAAAUAAGAGACGAUUAAAUGAUGUGUGGUAGAGUAACAAACAAGAAUAAAAUUACAACAAUUCAUUCAUGCGUGUGUGAGAAUAUCAGAGUAACUAAUAAGAGAGGAGUAGAAGUAAGCAACUCACUCAUGUGUGAGAGUAAGAGAUUAACUAACAAGAGAGGAGUAGUAAGCAUUCCACUCUUGGACGUGUGAGCACACUGGCUGGGUGAGGCAGGCAGAGGGCGUGUGGGCCUGGCGCUACAGAUCGAGGAUGUAAGACGUUAUCCUAGGUUGAUGCUGCUUGUACUCCCAGUGCUUGUGUAUAUCGUUGUAUUUCUUACAACUGUGUGUACGCUAUUCAUAAUAUGUAUUUAACUUUGUGAUAUGUACAACUGAUUUUAAUAAGACACACACGGAUUA